GCUUCCUGGUUGCGGCUUGGGAUGAGAACGAAAACCGGUCAGCUUGUCUCCCUGCCUCGCUUUGCUCUGCAUAUGCGCUCGCGGAGUCACUUCUGCUGGUUGAGGAAAUCAUUGUCGAAAGUUCGGCAUGAUCCUCCGAAAAGAUCAUGGUGUUGUAUGGCGCACACUGUUGUCGGCUUACCGUACAUUCAUUCAGCGGGCUUCAGGCCUGCGAUCCCGAGAACCAUCAUGAUGCGUCAAAGUUGGUGUGCAGCCGGACGCGGCCGUCCUCUAAAAAGUAUAAGUACGCCGUUGUUCCUUGGAUCCAAUGUGUGUCGGCACCCAACAUCCUCAAUCUGAGUUUUUAUUGCUGCUCCGACUUCAUUCAAUUCUUUGUUCCUCCAAUCAACAUGGAUCUUAGCGAUGACGCACCAUCGCAAUUAGGUGGCUCCUCUGGCGCUCCCAUGGAAACGCCGAGGAGGAACACCGCCAUCGCUGACUCUUGGAUUGCACUUUUCAAUCAUCGCAAACUCUACGAUGACAUCGGUAAUAAGGGUCUUACUCGUGGGGACAUACGAUUGUCCUUUUCCUGGCUCCGGGCAUUCCGAGGAAAUUGGCUCGAGCAGAAGAACAUCAAGAACGAGGCAGAUUUGAAAGCGAUGAUGGAUCAGUUCCAAGUACAUGCCAUAGAUUUCAACGAGCCAAAUGCGCAACUUGAGGCGGACGAGUUAUUGGAGCGCAUUGAUAGGGACCUAGCCAGAUCCAGCCAUGCUUAUCAGGAUGAUCGAAGGGCAGCAACGGCACCUCGGGCUGCGCGCUACUAUCUUGACACUGUUAUGAGAUACCAUGUUUUGUCACCGGAGAAGGGACUGAAAUGCCCAAAUGGACAACCGCAAAACUUUUUCGGCGAAAUCGGUGCCUCACCUGACCCUUGGCUCAUCGCGAUCUGCGACACUGAAUCAAGUUUCUUCAGCUAUUUUGUCGUCGAAAAGCUGAUGCAUUUCUAUUAUGGAUAUCUCUAUUAUCCAUUGCGAAAGUUCAUGCUUCGUACAGUCUUGGGAAACGAUCCGGUGGACGAGCAGGUCAUGCGUCAACAAACCCACGAUAUCUUGGUUGCAGGCUUAGAGGCCUCGUUAUCCUGCGCUCUCAUGACGGGGUCCAUCGUUCUGUUGGUGAAAAGUUCGUCUCAAACGCACCAGUUGAUUGCCAUGGCGAUCAUGAACCUGCUCUUUAUCUUUGUCGUCAUUUUUCUUAGCAGUAUGGGGAAGUACAUAUUUGUGUUGUGCGCAGCAUUCUGGGCAGUCGUUGUGAGUUUGAUCCUGAGAGGCUCCUUGGCCAAUCACGCUCCUCAUGGAUUAAAUCAAGAUUUCUCCGGUGUGAGACGACGCGAUAGCAAGCCGACAAUCUUGCGAUUGAUACAUUCAUGCAGCCUUCUUGGCGGUGAUCUGACCGACUCACAUAAGUAUCCCGGGGUUUUCAAAUAUCGGCCUCAUCCGGAAUCUGCACAAGCAUCAAGAGCCUCGGGCAUACCAUGGCCAAGAGGAUUCAACCUAGAGGGCGCCAGGUACCACUCUAGUGCCAUAAUCGCUGACUCGAACUACUCGAUGUUGCAAUUACAUACUGCAACAUAUAGAAAAGACGCUCUGGUCAUUGCCUGCCUGCUGCGUAAAGGUCAGUGUGUCUAUGUGCGUCAAACAUGGUUAGCGCCAUCAUACCUGGCCGGCUCUGAUGCCAAGGCCGCACAUCCCAAAACACUCAAAUGCAUCGAGGACCCAUCUUCACCGCCUUGUUACAUCUUUACCGUCUUCUCCAGGAGGAAAACCACAAAGUAUUUUCAAAAUCUUCUGAUCUUCCUAAAAGCCAACUACUCGACCAAGCUCGAACAACCGACUAACGAUGUGGGUCUAUCGCCAAUACGAGACGCGUACGAGCUCCUUGAUCACUCCAAGGGAUUCUCUUGCCCAGCUGACGAUAGACAGGUGAGAAGAAAGAGAAGGCCGAGGAGGCCGAGGAGGCCAGGAAGCAGGAGGAAGACAAGAAGAAGCAGAAGGGGGAGGCGACAAGCGUGGAGCAUAACCAAGGAGCGCAGGCUUGAUUUCACCCUCGAUUCAGCAGCGUUACGCCACAAUCGCCUUCUGCUACACUGGUCGAGCGUGAAAACAGCAAGUCUCGGUUCCACGAGUCUUUCCUUUCAACUGAACAUGAGAAUCGUUAUACCUGUUGGCUGUGGUCCAUCUUCGGUCGUCAUCUUCAGGGAUCCUGUGCCUAACGUCUGGAGAAGAAAGGCCUUCUGUGUACCCCGCCAAAUUCGGUCAAGAACGCACGAAAUGCUUCUCCCGGCUAUGAGCGCUUCAUAACUGGCAAAUUAUAUCAUGUUUUGUUUCUCGCAGUCGAACAUUUGCCGCCAUCAGCUGUUGAUAGACGCGUUCGUCCUCGCCCGUCUGUGAUCUUGUUGGAUGCACUCCCCAUUCGCUCUUCUUCAAAUCGAACCCCCUAUAUAUAUCCCGAUCAGCCACUGCUUUGCCUGAAUGUCUAUUUCAUCGUGUAUAUGAUAUCACUACUUGUAGUGUUGAUCUCUAGUGAGAACCACUGGACAACAAGCUGCAAGCAUGGUGGGGAUGGAUGUAGACUAAACGCCAGAACACCCGCGCCGGCAAUCAGGCUGCUCCUCUCGGGCGGUGACACACCCAACACUGAUGCAGCAGGUUCCUUCCCAUCUUUCCCUCGCGCUAUCCAUAAUAGCUGGUGUGUAUCAAGCGUCGCUGUGCCUCCCUCAAUG